CCAAACGCCAACAAUCAGAAAGUGUUUCUUCGAGUUUGCAAAACCCUGAACCCUAACCCUAAUUCCUAAACCUCUGUUUUUGCGUCUUUCUCCAAUCAACCAAAAUUACCAGCAUCGGCUCUUACGAUGGCGGAGCUGAAGCUGUCGGAGAGCCGCGACCUAACGCGAAUUGAGCGCAUUGGGGCUCACUCCCACAUCCGCGGCCUCGGCCUUGAUUCCUCCCUUGAACCACGGGCCGUCUCCGAGGGAAUGGUUGGCCAAACCGCCGCUCGUAAGGCCGCUGGUGUCAUUCUUCAGAUGAUCAAAGAAGGAAAAAUUGCCGGUCGGGCUGUUCUCCUCGCUGGUCAGCCUGGUACUGGCAAGACUGCUAUUGCCAUGGGCAUGGCUAAGUCCCUUGGUCUUGAAACUCCUUUCGCAAUGAUUGCUGGCAGUGAGCUCUUUUCUCUGGAAAUGUCCAAAACCGAAGCGUUGAUGCAGGCCUUCCGUAAAUCUAUUGGCGUCCGAAUAAAGGAAGAAACCGAGAUUAUUGAAGGAGAGGUCGUUGAGGUUCAAAUAGACAGGCCAGCGGUUGCCGGGGCAGCGUCGAAGACUGGGAAACUUACUUUGAAAACAACGGAUAUGGAAACGGUAUAUGAUUUGGGGGCGAAGAUGAUUGAAGCUUUGGGAAAGGAAAAGGUGCAGAGCGGGGAUGUAAUUGCGAUUGAUAAGGCCUCCGGGAAAAUUACUAAGUUAGGGAGGUCUUUCUCUAGGUCUAGGGAUUAUGAUGCAAUGGGUCCCCAAACAAAGUUUGUGCAAUGCCCCGAUGGUGAGUUGCAGAAGCGGAAGGAGGUUGUACAUUGUGUCACACUCCAUGAGAUUGAUGUCAUCAAUAGCAGAACGCAAGGUUUCUUAGCUCUAUUCACUGGCGACACUGGAGAAAUUCGAGCUGAAGUAAGGGAACAAAUCGAUACCAAAGUGGCCGAGUGGAGGGAAGAAGGCAAGGCCGAGAUAGUUCCAGGUGUUCUCUUUAUUGAUGAGGUUCAUAUGCUUGAUAUUGAGUGCUUCUCUUUCCUUAAUCGUGCUUUGGAGAAUGAGAUGGCUCCGAUACUAGUUGUUGCUACGAACAGGGGGAUUACCACAAUCCGGGGAACAAACUACAAAUCCCCUCAUGGUAUUCCUAUUGAUCUUCUUGAUCGCUUACUUAUAAUUUCUACUCAACCUUAUACGGAGGAUGAAAUCCGAAAGAUUUUAGAUAUCAGAUCUCAAGAGGAAGAAGUAGAAAUGUCUGAAGAGGCAAAGAGACUUUUGACCACAAUUGGUGUAGAAACAUCUCUUAGAUAUGCCAUCCAUUUAAUCACAGCCGCUGCUUUGGCAUGUCAAAAGCGAAAGGGGAAGAUUGUGGAGAUGGAAGACAUAAAUCGUGUAUAUCAUCUAUUCUUAGAUGUGAAGAGAUCAACUCAGUACUUGAUGGAGUACCAAAAUCAAUACAUGUUCAGCGAAUUGGGAGAUGGUGAAGAAGAUGAUUCUAAUGCUAUGAACCCUUGAUAUCUUUUGUAGAAUAAUUUUGGAGGCUAAACUGAAUUGUGCUGUAGUUACUAGGAAUUUGAAUUUCAUGCAGUCUAUAUAUUACGUGGUUGAUUAUUUAA